AAUGACAAUGACAACCAGGAUACCGGUAGGCUGCCAAGAAAAAUCACAAUGCACGAGGAGUUUCUCUUGGUCCUCUUGUUGGCGUUAUCUGGUAGAUCCUAUCAAUCAGGCUGGUGGUUCAUUCGAUGCUACCUUAUAAAGGAUUCUUUAUGCAUCACACCCUCGGAGAUUCCAAGCAGUCGAGCCCUGUAAGUGACAGUUUUCCUUGAGGACGCUCAGCUCCUGGAAGAGACGGGCACUAUCUAGCCUAACUAGACAAAGCCACCCAAUUGCUGUUGAAACCAUGGCUGAACGUAACAAUGAUUCUUCCCCCUGGUGGAAAACGGAACGACUAGAAGAGGGAACAACCCUGGUGUAUCUCAAAUUUCCAAGAUGCGAAGGGGACAAAGAGGACAAUAACUUGGUUCCCUUGUCAGUAUCUAAGCUAGAAAAGCUUUGCAAGGAGCUCCCCAUCUUUGCGGCCCUCUUGUUUGGACACCCCAUGAUGGCACCCAAGCAAUGUACCAAUCACGAUGGUUUUCCCAUUUUCCCAAUGCCCUCAUCUGUGGCCGUUUCCGAGUAUCCAGAGGGUACCAAGCUGACACAAGUGUUUUAUGGUCUUGUGGAUUAUCUACUCUUGGGAAUGGACCAUACACACCGCAAUCUGCAUUCCGAAAUCAUUCUUAUGGCGGAUCAGUUGGGUGGGUCCGAUGGCAUGGAUGUAUUCAAAAUGCAAAGGAGGGAGGAUGCACCGAAGACCCCAGGAGACGAUACCAAAGAAACCUACGAUUGGGUUGUGGUCUCGAAACCAAAAAGUUGUUUUAGCCCAGGUGACAAGUGGUUUACGGAAAACCAAAUUAAAGUGCAGAAGAAAGGAUUUUCAUUCGUCAAGCUCAACUUUGAAGAGGGGAAAUGGGAGCAAAUCUUUCGACGAGACAAGAAUGCAGCCAAAAACAAGAAGAAGCGGAAGCGGGCAUCAGUCAAUGAUGACAGCGAGUAGCGAGAGCUAAUUACCGAAAUAAUAAGCCAAUGUUUCAAUUG